AGACUCUACGGCGACUCCUCACCUUUUUAUCUCUCUCUCUUUCUGAUAUCACUCAUUCUGUCAUUCACAAAUCAAUUACUAAAACUCCAUUACUGUUUCAUCAAUUACCUUUUCAUUUAUGGGUGAAACAAGAUUUUUUCCAACUCAUAGCCUUCCGGAAUGGAAAUUAUGAAUCUAAAUUCUCCACUUAAUUCCUUUCCUUUUCUCCACUGAUUCACUUUCCUUUCUCUCUACCCACUCACCCUUUUUAAGCCUCCCUUCUCCCCUCCAUUCCCAUCUUUUAAUGGUGUCAGAUUUUCCUCACACCCUCGCCUCUUUCUCUCCCUUUCUUCCUCAAACUAAUAUUCUCUGAAACCAUUUUUUUUCCCAAUGGAUCUUAUCGAGUUUUGUCCGAUUAAAUAUACAGAGCACCGCCACGUCGUUAAAAAACUCGCUAAACCCUCCGCCGCCGCCGCCUUAAACCCCGGGGUGUUUUCCACCGGUCCGAAGAGGGUUCGGAUAACGGUAACGGACCCGGACGCUACCGAUACGUCCAGUGAUGAAGAGGAGCUGUUUGAGCGGCAGCGAGUGAGGAGAUAUAUCCAUGAAAUUAAUAUUGAAACGGCCGUUAAUGUUGACGCCGUUAAGUCCGGCAAGAAACGGCCUGUUGCGGAGGCGCUUCACAGCAAGCAGAAGCAGGUGAAGGUAGCGCCGGCGGCGGCGGCUAAUGGGGUUAGGAAGUUCCGGGGAGUUCGGCAACGGCCGUGGGGGAAAUGGGCCGCCGAGAUUAGAGAUCCGACCCGGGGUGUCCGGCUUUGGUUGGGGACUUACGACACCGCCGAAGAGGCGGCUAUGGUUUACGACAAUGCCGCGCUUAAGCUACGUGGGCCCGACGCUCUUACUAAUUUCGUUAAGCCGCCGGCGAUUGAGACGCCGGAGGUUAAUGCGGCGUCGAGUUCCGGCUACGAUUCAGGCGAUGAGUCCCGCCAUCUUCCAUCGCCGACGUCGGUUCUCCACUUCCGAACAAGCAAGUGCAGUGAAGAAUCUGAACCGCAAUGUAAGUCCGAAGCGGUCCACUCUGACGGGUCGGUUCAUGAUUGCGUGGAGAGCGAUCAAGCGGUUCAAGUCCCCGACCCGGUUCAAUCCAACGUGGCAGACUUCCCGGGAGAUAUCAGUGAUGACAUUCCAUUCAUAGACAACUUCUUCGAUUUCCAAUCUUCAAAGCAAACGCUCCUCCUCGACGAUUCGUCGCCAAAUUUCAAUUUCGUCAAAGCCGAAUUUGACACGACGUCUGCUGACGUCUGGUUGCCGGGUUUCGGCAAUGACCUGUUUCGCGACGAUGGGUUUUGCGACGAUUUUGGAAAGUUUGAUGAUUCCUUUGAAGACCUUAGCACAUUGAACGUCAGCGAUUAUUUUGAAGAUGACGUGGAUGACUUCUCCAUCGUUGAUACUUUUUUGGCAGUAUAAUGUAUUUCGCGAGAUAUAAUUAAAACCAAUUUUGAGUAUUUACAUAUUAUAAUGUAUUCCCUGUAGGCUGUUGCCAUUUUGUUGGCAAAUUUUGCGCACUACACCUUCAAAUGGAAUCCAAUUUUGAGUAUAUUAGGUUUGUUUACUUAUUAUAUAUUUUUCAAUAAUAAAAAUUUAUUUAUUUUGA